CGAGGAGAACAGUCCGUGCGUGCCCCUUUUUAAAUGACGAUGUAGCGCAGCGCCCGAAAAAUCGGAUAUCUCGUGCACUCAUAAGUUCACUAUCACGAUCGAGAUCGAGCACGUGUCCUAGUUUCUUACUGGAUCACGGAAGUUGUUGCGAUCCGCGGUUAUUUGUUUAAUUUUUUUUCUUUUUAUUUAUUAUUUUAAUGUGAAAAAGUAAAAAUUCGUGAAAUUCGUUCGAAGUUGAUUUCCAUCAAGUUGAACGAAAAGAGAGACAAAGUGAAAAAGCUUGAUUUUUGUGUUUCAACUUGGAGAUUUUUUUUCAAGAAAACUGGAUAGAGGAUCUGUGAUAUCAUAUGUCGAGUAAAGUUCCAAGUUUUACGAAGUUGGAAAAAAUAAAGUUUCGAGUUGGAUCGUAAAUAAGAGAUCAAGAUAAUGACAGUCAUGGUGGAGAGCGUGAAAGCCGAAGAGGGCGAACGUCCGAAAAUCGAAACUUUCGAUGAUAUUCUACCUUACGUUGGCGAGGCAGGCCGUUAUCAAUGGUUCCUCUUUAUUGUCCUUUUACCUUUCACUUUUGUAUAUGCGUUUCUUUAUUUCACGCAAUUCUUCAUCACGUUACUACCAAACGAACAUUGGUGCACCGUGCCAGAACUUGAACGAUGGAACCUCACGGAUGAAGAAAAAAUUGCGAUAUCGAUACCUACAGCAUCAACAGAAGAGUUAAAGCAGGAAGGCGCAACUUCCUUUUCGCGAUGCAAUAUGUAUAAUGUGAACUAUACUGAAAUAAUGGAAAAAGGUAUUAGAAAAGCAGAUCCAUCGUGGCCAAUCAAAUCCUGUCAAAAUGGAUGGACGUUCAAUCAUACGAUGAUUCCAUAUAGAUCUAUUGCUGUUGAGUUGGAAUGGGUCUGUGACCAUGCAUUCCUUAGCUCGGCAGCACAAUCGGCCUUUUUCGUGGGUAGCAUGCUUGGAGGUUUAAUAUUUGGUUACAUAGCAGACCAUUAUGGCAGAAUUCCGGCGUUGGUCGCUUGCAACGCGGUCGGUUUCAUCGCCUCUGUUGGCACUGCGUUUUGCGACAGUUUCUGGAGUUUUUGUCUCGCAAGAUUAGUCGUUGGAUCAUCAUUUGAUAAUUGCUUCAAUGUACUUUUUAUUAUUGUGAUAGAGUAUGUCGGCCCGAAAUAUCGAACUCUUGUGGCAAAUAUGUCUUUUGGGCUUUAUUUUGCGGCAGCUGCGAGUCUUUUACCUUGGAUCGCCUAUUGGAUCUCAAAUUGGAGAAUUUUAAGCAUGGUCACCGCGUGUCCCAUGGUGGUCGCAUUUAUAGGACCAUGGAUUGUUCCUGAAAGUGCACGUUGGUAUAUAACCAGUGGAAGAAUUGACAAAGCGAUUGAGAUGCUAAAGAAAUUUGCAAAAGUGAAUGGCAAGGAGGUGAAACAGGAAAUAUUCGAUGAAUUUGAAAAAAGUUGCAGAAUGUCUAACGAGAAGGAUCAAUCGCAUAAUCAAUAUACCGUCCUGCAUCUCUUUAAACUGCCACGACUCGGUCGUAUCACUAUCAUGCUUAUUGUUUAUUGGCUAUUGAUGGUAUGGGUGUUCGAUGGUCACGUUUGGAACAUGAAACUUCUAGAUCCUGACGUUUUCAUGUCCUUCUCUUUGGCUUCCCUCACGGAACUUCCGGCGGCCAUACUACUUGCCCUUUUCCUCGAUAGAUGGGGUAGACGAUGGAUGGGUUUCGCAUCAAUGUUCCUCUGUGGCGUUUUCUCCUUUGUUGCCCUUUCCACUCCUACUGGCCCACCAACGGUCGCUAUGGCGAUCAUAGCACGUCUUGGAGUGAAUGUCGCAGCGAAUAUUGGUUUUCAAUAUGCAGCUGAAAUGCUGCCUACCGUAGUACGAGCCCAGGGUGUGUCUUUGAUCCAUAUUAUCGGUUAUGUCGCUCAUAUUUUAGGACCGUACAUUAUUUAUCUGGCUGACAUCGAUGCUGCUUUACCCCUCAUUGCUCUUGGUCUAUUAUCCUUUAUACACUCAUUUCUGACCCUUGGCUUGCCGGAAACUCUGAAUCAGGAACUUCCGGAAACUCUUCAGGAAGGUAAUGAUUUUGGAAAAGAACAAAGCUUCUGGUGGAUUCCCUGUAUAUCCUCAAGUAAGAUGUUGAAGAAAUCUUACAGAAAGAAGAAAGGUCUCUCGAAUCCAGCCUUCACUAGUAGUGUUCAAAAGAUCGACUGCACUAGAUUAUAGCGACUGAUUGAAUUAUAUGAAAUUUGCCAAAUCUUUUGUAAAUAUAGUUAUUAAAUGUGCGAGUGUGAUGUUAGAUAUUAAGAUACUAUGCAUGUGUUGAAAAAUUGUUUAGAGAUGUAGAAAAAAAUGUCAACUUUUUCUACUUGAAUUAAUAACAACAAAGUGGAAGAGACAAGAAUCAUUAAAUUUUAAAAGAUAUAGUUUUAAUUAAUUAAAAAAAAAAGGAAACAAAAAUGAAAAACAUUUAAUGUAUAAGUAUAAGCACAUUUAAAUUCAGUAUUGAAGAUAUAUUAAAUCUAUGUCUUCCUUUUAUAAAAAUAAUAUACUAUAGUAAUAUAUAUUUAUAUAUAUACAACUUUUAUAUAUAUAUAUAUACAACUUAUACUGUAAAAUUAGAAAAAAAUUUAAUUUUCUUGCAUUUUUUUUAUAAAUAUUAAAGUUUGAAACUUUUUCGUUAAAAUUUUGAUAAAUAAGAAAAUAGACAUUAGGAGAUAUACUUUACUUAAAUUGAUUUAUUUAUAACAAAUGACAAAGGAUGAGAUUCAAAAGUACUUUGAUAUGUUGUUGAACCAUCAACUUGUCUUGUUUAUGCUGAGAAUUAUAUUUAUAUUUAUUAAUAUAAAUAAUUUACGAAUAGUCGAAACUUGAGUCAAGAAAUUCGAUUAACUUUUAAAAAUAAAAUAAUUUACAUUUGGGAAUUUGCUCGAUCAAUUUUUCAUUCUUUAUUUAUUCUUUGCGUUCAACAAAAUAUUCGAUAUAAUUUUCAAAAAAGAUAUGAAUUAAUUUUAUUAUCUAUUAAUAUAUUUGUAUGCUUCACUUUAUUUCAGUAUUAUUAUAUUUAAUCAAAAAAUAUUUUUUACUAAGAAUAUUACUUCUUAUUAAAUAUAUAUCGUAUUAUUAUUUAUAUUAUUAAUAUAAUAUAAAUAUAUAUUAUAAUAUAUUAUUAAUAUAAAUAAUAAUUACAAUUCAUUAAAAAUAUUAAUACAUUAGAAACUGUGAUUUCCAUUUGAAAAGAAAAAAUUUAAGUUUCAUAGCAUUCAUAGUAAUUUAUAAAUAGAAAUUUUUUUCUAAAUAUUUAAAAUAAAAAUAUAUUUAAUAUGUUAAUUAUAAUUAAUAAUUUUAAUAUUUCUAAUUAUAUGCUGCAAUAAUGCAACUUUUGAUUAUUAUAUUUAUUAUGAUAUUUUUCUUUAUUCGUAGAAUCUUGCAUGUUUUCAAUUUAUUUUCAAUUUGAAAAAAAUUUUUUUUAUUUUUUUUUAUAUUUUAUUUUUUUAAAUUUUUUUUUGCGAAAUUUUUACGCAGUGUUAUAAGAGAUUUUAAACAUAUAUGUGUCAGAUACAAGUAUACUCGCAUUAGUAUGUCAGCAAUCAAUGUUAAAGUCGUUUUUUCUAAAAUGAUUUUUAAGUUAUAAUAUAUCUAUAUUAUAUUUAACAACAAAUAAGCAAUUUAUUAUUUUUCAAAAUAAUAUUCAAUAUUACAAAAAUAUUUUGAUUAAAUUAAAAUUAAAAUAUAUAUAUAAUUAUUAUAUGUAUAUUAAAAUUUCAUACAAAAUAUCGAUUAAAAAAUUUUGAAAUAUUUAAAAUAAUAUUUAAAUGCUGCUUGAAACAAAUCGAAACUUUGUCUCGAGUUCGACUAUAAGUAGUAAAAGAUUUUUAUCCGUGAAAAGAUAAUAUAUUUUCUUUCUAUAGAUAAUCUAUUUUCAAUCCUCCAAUAUAAAUCCUCAAGAGCAGAAUGCUCAAACUAUACUGUAUUAUAUCAAUUUUCAACGAUGAUUCUAACAAUUAGAAUCAUUUAAUCGUUAGAUUCAUCCGCGUACUUAUAAGACUAGUCCCUGCUUUCACUUUCCAAUAAUUAAAAUUCACUAUUGAAACUAUAGUAAAUAUCAUUAUUCUUUGUUGCAUAUAUGUGCGUACUAAAUUAUUUUUCAAAAUAUGAGAUUCAUCGAAACAUUUCUUGUUUUAAUUGUACAUAAUUAUUUGAAUCUUCAAUGUUAAAGUAAGAAAGUACAAAAUGAAUUAAUUAUUAGUUCGAUUUCUCUCAUAACACAAUAGAUAAUAUUGGUUCAAUUGUUUUUAAAUUUUAAAUAAAUAAAUUCACGUUUAAUACAAUACUGGAUAAUAAUUAUAACAACUUUGUAUUAAUUAAAAAUACAUUUUCAUCUAUUUUAUUGAUAAGUAAUAUAACAUUAUUAUUGGAAAUUUUAAUUUUUGUACCUGUAAUUUUUAUUUCAAUUUUCAAAUAUCAAUAUCUAAUUUUUCUGAUAUUAUGAUAUAUAAUAUAAUAAUGUAAUAUAAUUAAUUAAAAAAUAAAAAAAAAUUUAAUAAAUUUGUUAUAAAGUUGUUGCAAUUUUUUCCAGUACUAUAUCUUAUAACAUAUGUUAUCAUUAUUCUUAUAUAUAAAUCUUUAAAGAUAAAAAUCUAUAAAUCUUUUAAGAUAAAAUUAGAUAUACAAUCAUAAAAUGCAAUUGAACAAAAUAAAUUAGUGUAUUUAAUUUUAAUGAAAUUUAAUAUUUUAUUUUUGUUUAAAGAAUAUAUGAACAACUAAAACUAGAAUUAUUUCUUGCAUCGAAAUUUAUAAAGUUUUCAUUCUUUGAUUUAAUACAACAGGAUUUUGAAUAAAGCAUAAAUAAAUGAUUUAAAAAAACACAUAAGUCAGGUAUUUUUCAAAUUAAUUAAAUUACUAUUGAUAAAAUGAUGAAAUAUUAAUUGUUAAAUAAUGGCAAUUUGUUUACAAUAUUUUUUUUUCUUUUUUUUUUUUUUCUAAAUCAUUUCUAAAUCAACUUUUUUUUUUAAAUUUACACAAAUAAGCUUUGAAUAAAGGAGAUCAGUAAUUGGUGCUUGAUAAAUGAAAAAUUAUAAUUAUUUAAAAUUUUUUUUAAUACGUUUUUUUUAUAUUUUUAAAAAAUCAAAACAAAAAUUAAUUUCAUUAAUGUUUAUAAUUGAUGCCGUAUUUAUAAAUGAAAUAAACAAAAAAAAACAAUAUUUUUAAUUAAUAUUAUUAAGUCGUUACUUAAAAUAUAUUUUUCUUUUUCUAAAAUUAUUUAAAUGCAUUGUUUUCUGAGAAAAAAUUUGUUGAAUAUAUUUCAAUAAAAGAAAAAUAAAAAAAUAUUGUAAAAGUAAAGAUUUAACAUUUUUAAUUAUCAAAUUAGUUUAGAGAGACGUUCCAAUACAAAUUCGUUCUGUGCGUCAAAUUCUGAAAAGAAAAAUUUCGUUAAGUUAUGUUCGACACGAAAAUCGCAGUUUUAGCGAAUUUUGUUUUGAUAUCGUAGAGAGUGACAUUUUCAAGCUGAUACUCGAGUUACGUUGAAUACUGCCACAAAAAUUCGAUUUUGAUCAAAAUUGUACUUUUUCGAUGCGAAAAACGCUGCUACCCCGAAUUCGGCUUCGAAAAUAAAUAGAAAUACGAUAUCCAACAAAAACUCGCCAAAUUAUGUCAAAUUCUGUCUUGAAAUAUUGAUUUUGAUUAAAAUUAUAACUUUUCAAUAACUUUUCAAUUUCAAUAGAAAAUCACUAUUAUGACGAAUUCUGCAUCGAAAAUCACUAGAGUGACGUUAUUUAAUAGCGAUUUUCCUAAGUAUUUUUACAAUAUUGAUAAUAACCAUUAAUUCAUAGCAAAAUUUGACAUAACGCGACGCUUUUAUGCUAAAUCAUAUUUCUUUGACCAUUUUCGAAUAUUUCGCAGUAAGAUUGAUUGAUUAUUCAUAGCUGAAUUUACCAUAACAUGUCGAGUUUGUCCUAAAUAACAUCGUAACAGCGAUUUUUAUGUUUUAUGAAGUGUUUCAAUUGCGAUAAAAAUUGAUUAUUCACAGCAGAAUAGGACAUAAAUCGACGCGUUUGUUAUAGAUUACAUCAUGCAAGGAGAUUUUUGUAACAGCGUCUCGAGUGUCGAAAAGUUACAAUUUUUGUCAAAAUCGAACUUUCGUGACAAAAUUCAACAUAACUCGAUUAUCAGCUAAAAAACAUUUUCAACAAUUGCAAUGCAGAAUUCGUCAAAAAUGUCGAAAAACUAAUUUUUAUCAAAAUCAAUUUUUCAUGGCAGAAUUUGACAUAACUCGAGUUUGUGUUAGAUAACUUGUUUCUGACUGUUUUUAAUGCCAUAUUCGAUGUAACAGCAUUUUUGGUGUAUAAGAGCUACAAUUUUUAUCAAAAUCGAAAUUUCGUGCAGAAUUCAACGUAACUAGAAUAUCAGCUACAAAACGUCACUCUCAAUUAUUUCAAAGCAAAAUUCGCUGAAAUUAUGAUUUUCGAAUCACUAAGCUAUAUAAUUUUGAUUAGAAUUAAUUUUUCAGAAUUUGACAUAACUGAGCAAGUUUAUAUGAGAUAAUGUGUUUCUGAGAGUUUUCAUAGCCGAAUUUGCCAUAAUAGCGUUUCUGGUGUCGAGAGGCUAUAAUUUUGAUGAUAUUCAAAUGUUUAUGAUGGAAUUCAACUUAACUUAAGUUUCAACUAGAAAACAUUCAUCCUCAAGGAAUAAAAUUUCAAAGCAGAGUAUGUCCAUAACAAAUUUUCUUGUUCAAAAGAUAAAAUUGUUAACAAAUUUGUUUUUUUAUUCCAUAAUUCGACGUAACGUGAGUAGAUGCUUUAAAGUGAUGCUUUAAAAUGUUACUCUGAACGAUUUCCAAUUAUUAUUUGGCCUUAACAGCGAUUUUUUUGUCUAAAUGUUAACCAUUUUGAUAAUAAAUAAUGAUAAUUUUUUCAGGAUAGAAUUCGAUUUAAUAUGAAUUUAUCCUAGGAAUUUUCUGAUCGAAUUCUAAGCAGCGAAGCAAAUUUUCGUCAGAAAAACUAUAAUUUUUAUUAAAAUUUAUUUUUAAAGCCUAAAUUCACUGUAACUCGACGAGUUUGAGCUUGCUGAUUGAAAACAUCAUGUUGAUUUUCAUUUUUUAUGCUUAAAAACAAUAGGAAUCUUGAAAUGUUAAUGUUUGCUUAAAAAAGAUAUGCGUUUUAGUACAAGCAAUUUGUAAAGUAAUUUAAUAGUUUAGAAGAAAAAUAGACUAACAGGUUUAAGGAACUGUUAAAAGUUAUAUAAAAAUGAAUAAUAUAUAGUCAAUAUUUCUCAUGAAAUGUAAUAGUAUAAAUUUUUCUUUUAUUUGUAUCUCUAUUACAAUUUUUCCACUUAUUUUCUUCGAAAAUUUUGAUGUAAAAUGUAAUCUUUUCUUAUUAGAGGAUAAUAUAAUAUCUAUCUAAUAUAUUGUAAUAUAUUAUAUCUAUACCAAAGAUAGUCUAUAGAAAUUGGAUAGAAAAGAUGAUAUUAGAAGUUCGAAAAUGAUAUGAUAUGUAAUUGUAAAAAUAUGUUAUAGAAAAAAUUGAAAUUAAUCUAUGAGCACAAUAAAAAUAAGUCAGAUGAUGUUUUGAUAUUUAGAAGCUUUUUUUUCAAAAAAAAAAAAAAAAGAAAA